CGGGACUCGUCAGUAUACAUCGAGAUUGAGACUCGGCGCGCACACGCUACAUUGUAUACGCUCGAUUGUUGAUCCACAGCUCCAAGUUUCGUGUAUCGUUAUUUUAUUUACAUUUGGUUGUAGAAUUUUUUAAUCAACGAAAUCGUAACCAUGAAGGCUGGACUAGCUCUGGUUUUUCUCGCGGCGGUGGCUCUGCUGGCCCACGUCGACGCAUUCCCAGGAGCUCGACGCGGCUCGGCCGAGUCGUCCGAGACCGACGAGAGGAACGACGGCCUGUUCUUGGUACUGCCGCGCCGAAAUAUCAUGGAUGACACGAGUCUCUUCGGCAGCAGCGCCGGCAGCAGCAGCAGUGACGAGGAUGACGACGAAAUUCCCAGCAUCUGGCACCCCUUCAGAUUCCAAUUCAACAGCAGUCCGUUCGAGAAUUUCCUAUCGAGGAUGCAAGCGACCAUGAACAAGAUACGAGCCGAGAUGGCCGCGACAUUGGCUGCCCAGCUGGAGUCGAGUCACCUGCCUCAACUGCCUCACGAGUCGUCGUCGGGAGUGGGAUCGUCGCUCGGUCCUCUUCCCGGAUGGGGCCGUCUACCGGAGGGCGCCAACACCACCUCCACGACCAAGAUAGUCGGCAAUCACACGGUGACCAUCAACGAGACGACCUACACCGACGGCGACGAGAACUCCGGCAUGGUGUAUCGCAUUCGCGUCGUAGACGUCAAGCCCUUGGAGUCCGCAGCAGUACCUGCAGCACCAGCCGAUAGCGACGAGGCAGAAGAGCAGCGGCCGGUCGUCGCCCCGUCGAGCUUCGACGAGGACAAUAACGAGAAGGAGAAAAACGAGGAUAGCGAGGACGAUCUCGACGAGCAGCAGCAGCAGAGCAAGAAGGACAGAGAGUCGACAACGGCGGCCACGCAGCAAUUCGACGUCAGAGACCGCGAGGAAUUGACCACUCAGUCGCACAGGAGCGCCGAGGCCAUCGACGAGUUCGACAACGAGAUACCCAAGAAUCAAUUUGAAACUGUGGCUUUGUAAACGAAAGAUUGAAAGAAAGCAAAAAAAAAACGACUCCCGUCAUCUCUUCUCCUCCUCCCCUCCAAUACGAUUGUUUUUAUUCGUACUCGACGAUGUUUUUUGAAACUUUUAAAAAUUAUCAUAACUGUAUGCGCGUAUAUGCAAAGCACGUGCUGUCAUAAUUUUACGAUUGUUAAGCUGUAAUCGUUGUUACGUUAUACUUUACCCGAUUAUUGUAAUAAGCUUGGAUUUGUCAUUUGUGAUAAGUAGCCGACAACGCCAUGCGAGUUUUUAGUUUUAUACCUACCUUUUUUUUUCGUCUCUUCCAUUACCCUAUAUAAUUUAUACUCUACGCGACACGCUUGAAAGUUGCAAAACAAGUCUUAUGCAAAAUUGCGACUAAUUUUUCGGAUGAGAGUCUAAAUUGAUCGAAACCAGCUGCGAAUGUGAUCGCUAUUUUAUUUUUGAAUUAAAUAAAAUAUUUUUAAGAAAAAUAA